AUGAGUCCUGGCACCAUCUACAAUGAGCUUCACCUGGAAGGGAAGCUCUGUGAUGUGGUCAUCAGUGUGGACAGUGUUGAAUUCAAUGCUCACAAGAUGGUCUGUGGCUGCAGUCCCUACUUCAGGGUUUUGUUUGCCGGCAGCUGGAGCGAGGCAGGGAAGAGAGUGUAUAAAAUCCCUGGCACUUCAUCUGAAAUGAUGAGGCUCAUUAUCAAGUAUGCCUACAGUGGGACAGUGCCGCUCACGACUGACAGUGUUGAAAAUCUCAUCACCGCAGACCAGUUCAUUGCCCUGGGCAUUGUUGGGCUGUGCUGUGAGUUCUUAAAGUCCCAUCUAAGCGUCAAGAAUUGUAUUGGCAUCUGGAGACUCACAGACUGGUACAACUGUCCCGACAUGCGAGAAGCAGCCUCGGCGUUCAUCCUCCAGCAUUUCGAGGAGGUGACCAAGGUAUCUGCAGAGUUCCUAGAGCUCUCUGUCAGUGAGCUAAAGCACCUCAUUGAGAGGGAUGAGCUCAAUGUGAGACAAGAAGACGCUGUGUUCGAGGCCAUUCUGCAGUGGAUUGGCCACGACCCGCAGAACAGGAGGCGAUAUGUCACUCGUGGCUUAAACGCAGACAUCGACUGA